AUGAGAGGCCGGUCAACACCUGCAUGGGACUCGGGGAAUGUCACCGUUUGGGAGGAAUACAUCAACGUGGGCCUUGUGGUGGCAAACAGCUUGCUUCUGUUAAUCACCUCUUUUGUGGGGAUAGCUGCAAACAGUUUCGUCAUCCUGGCAGUGUACCGUCAGAAGUCUUUGCAAACGUCUGUGAACGCACUGGUGGUGAAUCUGGCAGUCGUAGACUUGCUGCGCUGCACGGUCGACUGCCCUUUUCUGCUCGCCAUCAUCAUCGCCGUGCAUCAGGGAGGGCGUGUGGAUGGCCGGGUCUGUGACACGCAGAUGGCCUCUUUCUACUUCAGCAGCUGUCUCCAGUUAUUGACACUGGCGUGCAUCAGUGGGGAGAGAUACCAGGCGGUGGCACGGCCCUUCAAAGAAAGUCAGCGUAAAAGAAGGCUGGCGGUGCUCAUCCCGCUCACGUGGACAUUGGCCGUUUUGGUGGCGGCUUUGUGUUUGAAAUAUCUGAAAAACUCCCCCGUCUAUGUGAGAUGCACCGGUCCUCUGAGGGGACCGUCCUCCCCCUACGACACCGUUGGACUGUACAUGCUGCUCCCUCUGUGGGCUGCUUGCUUUGCUGUUAUUAUUGGAUUCUACGCUCGCAUAUUUGCCCUUUUGAGAUCACACAACCGCAAAAUAUUUGAUGAGGGCACCUCAGCUGUGAAAAGAGACCCAACUGAAGGUAAAGAGAGAGCGAGGAAAAAGAAGGAGAGUAAAGUGGCCAGGCGCGCUGGCUACAUAAUCCUAACCUUUCUCUUAUUCUGGCUGCCUCUGAUCGCCACCAUCCUGGUGAACUGUCUCAUUCACAAAAACAGGAACACACAGAUGCUGAUCGUUCAGGACUUGGAUGUCCUGUCAGUGUCGGUCACCUGCACCACGUCCCUGAGCAACCCGAUGAUAUACGCCGCAGUCAACCCUCAGUUUCGCUCAGAGUUUUAUAAGCUAAAGAACUGGAUUAAAUCCAAAUUCAAUUGA